UCACCAUAGAGAGGCAGCCAGUGUAGGUGAGAACUGCGUAGUUGACCGCACUUGCUGGGCCUCAGUGGCAAGUUAGUGGUUCUGCAUUCACACUGACUUUAUAGUGAACAUGGGGGCUGGGGCAAGCGCUGAGGAAAAACACUCCCGUGAGCUAGAGAAGAAGCUGAAGGAAGAUGCUGACAAGGAUGCCAGGACUGUCAAACUGCUGUUACUAGGUGCAGGAGAGUCAGGGAAAAGCACAAUUGUCAAACAGAUGAAAAUUAUCCACAAAGAUGGUUACUCCCUAGAAGAGUGCCUGGAGUUCAUUACUAUCAUCUACAGCAACACCUUGCAGUCGAUCAUGGCUAUUGUAAAAGCUAUGAACACGCUCAGCAUUGGCUAUGGAGACGCUGCCCAGCAGGACAAUGCCAGGAAGCUGAUGCACUUAGCCGACACUAUUGAAGAGGGCACCAUGCCCAAGGAGUUAUCUGAUAUUAUCCUGCAGUUGUGGAAAGACACUGGCAUUCAAGCAUGCUUUGACAGAGCCUCAGAAUACCAGCUCAACGACUCAGCUGGAUACUACUUAAAUGAUUUGGAGAGAUUGGUCCAGCCUGGCUAUGUCCCCACCGAGCAGGAUGUACUACGAUCUCGAGUUAAGACUACUGGUAUCAUUGAAACCCAGUUUUCCUUUAAGGACCUCAAUUUCAGGAUGUUUGACGUAGGAGGUCAGCGAUCCGAGAGAAAGAAAUGGAUCCAUUGCUUCGAAGGUGUUACCUGCAUCAUCUUCAUCGCUGCUCUGAGUGCAUACGACAUGGUGCUGGUAGAGGAUGAUGAAGUGAACCGAAUGCACGAAAGUCUCCACUUGUUCAACAGUAUCUGCAACCAUCGCUACUUCGCUACUACUUCCAUCGUACUCUUCCUCAACAAGAAGGACGUCUUCGUUGAGAAGAUUAAGAAGGCACAUUUAAGCAUGUGCUUCCCUGAAUAUGAUGGACCAAACACGUACGAAGAUGCUGGUAACUACAUCAAGCUGCAGUUCUUGGACCUGAACAUGCGGCGAGACAUCAAAGAAAUCUACUCGCACAUGACUUGUGCUACAGACACCGAGAACGUCAAGUUUGUGUUCGAUGCCGUGACAGACAUUAUCAUCAAAGAAAACCUCAAGGACUGUGGUCUCUUUUAAGCACGUCCAGUCUGGAGAAAAGGCGUGGUGAACACAAGAUGAUGAAGUAUUCUAAAUUUCACACAAACACCUAGAACCUAGAAUGAGGAACUGGUAUAUACUGCUGCUAAUGUCUUUUCUUAUGCCAAUUGAUUAACAUAGAAAGAUGCUGCACAUUGUACCAUGGUCCCAAUAGUGUCUUAACAGAAAGAGAUAUAAUUACAGCAGCAUUUCAUCAGCUGCACGAUGUGGCACUGAGACGCUCUUUGAGAUCUUAGCUUUCAACAGAUUACGGGGGUUUGGUCUAUGUGACUCAGCUGUUAUAACUACAUGCAGUGUUCUAUAUCGUAGUCUCUGAUUUUGGUGCAUGGUAUCUCUUUAAACACCUGCAUAUGCACUUCACAAGAAAAAAGUAAUCGACAUAUAAACAUAGUUACAUAUGAUGUAUGGCAAGCAGCAUAGGUCAUAAUUAUUGGCUUAUAAAUAUUUCCCAUUUUCCAAUUAUGCACUUUGCCCAAUGAGCAGAUUGACAACAAAGGUGAGCUUCGGAUAUAAAUUAUUAAGCUCUAAUGAAGCUGCGCUCAUGAAGAGCCGUUUCGUCUUACUGUGUAGUUUGAGCUGAGACAAUAUGCUGAAUAUCAAGGCUUCUAUAUUUGGCUUUAUAUGAAAAAAAAUGAAUAAGAAUGUGAUGAACAAUAAAGCUUCUGUAGACACAAAA